GGGCCGGGAGCCUGCCAUCUCGGAAGUGGCUGCUACAGUGUGUCCAGGGGCGUCCGCCGGGCAUGGGGGGCAUCGAGUGGGCCAUGUGGGCCAACGAGCAGGCGCUGGCCUCCGGCCUCAUCCUCGUGGCCGGUGGCAUCGUGGCAGUGGCAGGGCAGUUCAAGGGCUGGCAGUUCGCUGCUUAUUCCAUCGCGGCCGGUGUCCUGAUCUGCCUGCUGGAGUAUCCCCGCGGGAGGCGGAAAAAGGGCUCCACCAUGGAGCGCUGGGGCCAGAAGUAUAUGACGGCCGUGGUGAAGGUGUUCGGGCCGCUCACGAGGAACUACUACGUCCGGGCCAUCCUGCACGCCACCCUCGCUGUCCCAGCCGCCUUCCUCCUGGCCACGAUCCUGGGCACGGCCUGCCUCGGCAUCGCCAGCGCCAUCUACUUACUGGCCGCCGUGCGGGGUGAGGAGUGGCAGCCCAUCGAGCAGAAGCCCCGGGAGCGCCCGCAGGUGGGGACCACCAUCAAGCAGCCCCCGGUCAACCCCCCACCCCGGCCGCCCCCGGAUGCCCGCAAGAAGCUGCCGGCCGAGGCCGAAGGAGCUGUCCCUGCUGCUGUCCCUGCCCCUGCGCUGGCAGAGUGAUGCGUCUCCCCGGGGCCCUGCCUUGAGCAUCCUCCACGCUGCCUGCAGUCGUGACCUCUGCCCCAGCCGGCUUCCCCCUGCCCCCAGUGCUCCCAGCUCGGCCCCUCUCAGGGCAGCCUACCCCCUUUUGUACUGGCUUCUUUUAUACCAUAAUAAACCAGUGAAGGAUGGUG